AGGAGCGUGGAACACCUUGCCCAUCAUAUCGAAGAGGAGGCACAGAGUAGCGCCAAGCACUAGAGGGAAGGGCAAGCCCGUUAUAAGCUCGAGCACCGGCUAUUCAACAGCUUAGGAGUCGCUCAGGAUCCCAGCCGGUAUUCGCACGUGGGUCCCAAGUCCCGUGUUCCGCGCGUCGUUAUUCUUCGCGAUACUGGCAACACGGAGCAUGAAUAAUCGGGCAUGCAGAAUGUCGUCGUUCGCGAUGCUGGUGCUGGUACUCGUGGUACAGGUGAUCGCAACGGCUGUAGGAUCAAUAUCCAGCUCGCUGAAUUUCGACGAUGACAGUAAUCCGGAGGAUGCAGUCAUCAUUGAAGCUGCGAUCGAUCCGGAUCAGUUUGAAUCAAGAGAGGGUCGGAGCGUUCUUUGGAAUGGAGCCACGACUCGUGAGACCUGUCUAACAUCCAAAGGCGAAGUCGGUCGCUGCACGACUUUCAAGGAAUGCUAUCCUUACUUUAAGAUACCGGACCUUGGUGCUCUAGACGGUUGGGUUCUUGGCGUUUACGACACAUGCAGCUAUAUCCGCGAAGAUGGGAACCCGAGUUUUGGAAUUUGUUGCUCGAACCUACAGCCCUUCGUCACACCUCGUCCCGAUAAUUGUGACGAUUCCAUCGUGGAAAAUCCGCAAAUCGAAGAUAAUAAAAAAAAAGGCGAAGAGAACGGGGUAGCACGUCCUCAGGCUGCGCCUACUUGGCCACCGCCAAUUCCCACACAUCCGCCUGAUCACACGAUACCGCCACUGCCGACUCAUCCACCCUCGUCCGAUCUACCGACGCAGUCCACGACCUUGAAACCGAUAACUACGAGUUCAAAAAAACCGGGUGUCGCUACUACAUGGCCGACGAAGAAGCCAACCUGGUGGCCAAUCUCAUCGAGCAUGUCGACUACCAGUAAAUCUCCCAUGUCCGGCGGCAAUAAUCUAUCGCAGUGCGGUGCCAAGAACGGCAAUCAAGAUCAGGAACGCAUCGUGGGUGGGAAGAAUGCAGAUCCAGGCGAAUGGCCGUGGAUCGCCGCGCUUUUCAAUGCUGGCCGUCAAUUUUGUGGUGGAUCGCUCAUCGAUGAGCACCACAUAUUGACAGCGGCGCAUUGUGUCGUAAACAUGAAUUCUUGGGAUGUCGCGAGGUUAACAGUACGUCUCGGUGAUUAUAAUAUUAAAACGAACAAUGAGAUCCGUCACAUUGAGAAACGCGUAAAGAGAGUCGUGAGGCACCGAAACUUCAAUUCACGUACGCUCUAUAACGACGUGGCGGUCCUCACGUUGAGCGAACCUGUGGAAUUUACGGAACAAAUCCGACCUAUCUGUCUACCUAGCGGAUCACAAUUGUAUCAAGGCAAGACAGCGACGGUUAUAGGAUGGGGUUCUUUGAGAGAAAGUGGACCACAACCAGCAAUUUUGCAAGAAGUUUCAGUACCAGUUUGGUCGAACAGCGAGUGCAAAUUAAAAUAUGGAGCAGCAGCACCGGGUGGUAUAGUCGAUAGUUUCUUAUGUGCUGGUCGCGCCAAUAAGGAUUCGUGCUCGGGUGACAGUGGUGGUCCUUUAAUGGUUAAUGACGGACGCUGGACUCAAGUUGGAAUUGUCAGUUGGGGAAUAGGUUGCGGAAAAGGUCAAUAUCCUGGGGUCUAUACAAGGGUCACACACUUUUUGCCAUGGAUUUAUAAAAACCUAAAAUAGAAAACACACGCGUGUUAUACGUAUUUAUCUAUGUCU